GUGGCAACGCGGACUCCAUCAACCGCAAAUACUCGGUUCCUUGUACCUCGGCCUGCGCGCCCUGUUCGGUCACGUGGUGGACCCCUACCACAAGUACAACGUGGCGCCCGGCGUGCUGGAGCACUUCGAGACGGCCCUGCGCGACCCCGCCUACUACCGCAUCGUGGCUCGCGUCAUCGAGCUCUUCCGCCACUACAAGUCGCUGCUCAAGACGUACACGCGCGAGGAGCUCACCUUCCCCGGCGUGAAGAUCGAGGCCGUGGACGUGGACAAGCUGGUGACGUACGUGGACGACUUCGUGUUCGACCUCAACUCCGCCGUGGAAGGUGCCCCAAGUGGAGGUGGCCAAGAAGCUGGACAUCC